GCACUGGCGCGUGGACGCGCACGCUGGGUUCGAAUAGUUUAAACGGGAACGUGUACGUGCGCGCACCCGUAUUCUUUGUGUGGCAGCGUAGAGAAGCGCCAAAAGAGUGACCAUGGCAGAUGAAAAACCAAAGGAAUCAGUCAAGACAGAAAGCAACGAACACAUAAACCUGAAGGUAGCAGGUCAGGAUGGAUCUAUAGUGCAGUUCAAGAUCAAAAGACAUACGGCGCUCAUCAAACUCAUGAAGGCCUACUGCGAUAGACAGGGACUUGCAAUGCGGCAAAUCCGGUUCAGGUUUGAUGGACAGCCAAUAAACGAGACGGACACACCAUCACAGUUGGAAAUGGAAGAUGAAGAUACAAUUGACGUGUUUCAGCAACAGACUGGAGGCCUCAUUUAAUCAACCUUGUGCGUCUCCAUUUUCCUCCACACAAUCAACCUUCCCGGCGUAAACAAAACAGUGGCCGCUCCUUCGCAACUUGUUCUUUCGUCUCAACCGAAUUCCAUGCAGAGCAAGUUGUAAUUUCUCUGCACUGCACACAACUGCUGUGCAGUAUUUUCAUUCUUGCCCUUAUGACUGUUCUGUUUAUGUACAUAAACCACACCCAGGUUGUGUUUGUUCAUGCUGUAUUGUGGUAGAAGGUAAGGACUUCUCCUUGAAGGGCGGCAGACCGAUAGGACUGGUGAUGGAGGGAGAAUUAAUACAACAGACUUUACUGAACAAAUGUUGUUGGGCUAGGCUUGAUAAGUGUCCAGAAUAUCUGUUCUUAAACUGUAUUUUAGCCCUUAGGAAACAGUAUACCCCGUUUGGGAAUGGGGCUGCAUCUUCAUUUGCUAUCUUCAGAAAACACAUUUGAUUUUAUACAUUUUUAUAUAUUAGUGGACGUGUAAAAAAUUGUUUGACUCAGCCAUGCAUCAUAUAUUGGGAAGCCUGACGUGAUGUCUCGGUAAAGGAGAGACACCCCAGGCAAAAACAUUGUUUUAAUCCACUGAUCAAUUUUUAAAUGUUGGGCUAUUUUGCAUUCAUAACGUGUUUUAUCUCAGAAACAAAGUGGAAACAAAACAUCCCAAAAACACAUGUAGGUCUUUAUUUGUUUUCACUUUGUUUAUGUGUGAUUUCUCCUAAAUACACCAACAGUUAGCAAUAGUUAAUGUCUCAUUUGUAUAUUUUAAAAUUAAAAGUCCAAAUUAUGUUUGCUCUAUUCACCUGUAAUGUCUUUAAAUUGUAUGGAUUUUUUAAAGGCAGUUUUCUUUAAAUUUAGUUUUUUCUCAUACAGUGAGCCAGAAAUCUCUUCUUCAGUAGCACUUGCAUACACCAAAGUUACCACUUUCAUUCCUAUCUGUAUUCUGAAAGUUUUAAGAGGGGUUUGUUCAUAGAUAAUUCAUAGCCUGAUUUAUAGAACAUUUUAUUCCUAAAAACAUGGUAAAAAUGAGUGCUUUCUUAUGGCUGUUGACAGUAUUUUCUGAUUCAUAAAGUGAUGCAAAGACAUAUAAAACCUCUUUGUAAAAACCUUUGACUCUAACAUGAAAUGAAAAGAAUGAAAGAAUAAAUUUGAACCUUGCUGUCCAAUGUUCAGAUUUCUGUUCUUGAAAUGUAUGCAAAUUAGCACAUAUUUAUAAAGAUAAUGCAUCAUUUGGAUAUUUAAAAACUUGUAAUACAAAAAUGAUUGCCUUUAUAUGAAUAAUCAACAAGGGAAGUUUUAUAAUGAUAGAGAUUAGUUAAACAUUUGUACUUUGUUUCCCCUUAAAUAAAGUGUCAUCUGUAUUGUCUGUAUGAAGAUGCUUGUUAAAAUAAAGCUAUUGUCUUUUUGAAA